UGUGAUUGCACGCGGGGCGCUGGCGACGUUGGGUCGAGUGAUGGCCAUCUUGCUUUCGACAUGCUUAGCCUCACCGAUCUCUUCGCGGAGCACAAACAGCUCCUUGUGGGCUUUGCCUUGGCGUUCGUGAUCGUGCUGUACUUGGCCACGCCCAAGAAGCACGCCGGGAAGAACUUGCCGCCUGUGCUUCCGUACUGGAUUCCGUUUGUCGGGUCGUUCCUGCCGUUUGCAAAGGACCCGAUUCAAAUGGUGCUCGACGGGUACAGACUCAAGGGUCCUUGCUACACGGCCAAGAUGUUCGGCCAAGACUUGACCUUCCUCAUCGGUCCCGAGGCGCAUGAAGCGUUCUAUAAGCCGAACGACGACUACCUGAGCCAGGCCGAAGUAUAUCAGCUUAUGACGCCUGUGUUUGGUCCUGGCUUGGUCUACGAUGCUCCUCCCAAACGCCGAGCCCAGCAAAUGCAGUUCAUGGCGAAUGGUCUCCGCGUCUCCCGCAUGAAGAAGUAUGUCGACAAGAUCCGCUUCGAAGCCGAAACGUACUUUGGCGAGUUCCCGAACGACUCGACCAUCAAUUUGAAGAAAACGUUCGCUGAACUCGCGAUCCUCACGGCGAGCCGUGCGUUGCUGGGCGACGAAGUCCGCGAGCACUUGUUCAAGGAAGUCAGCAGCUUGUACUGCGACUUGGACGGCGGUACCACUGCUUUUAGCUUCUUCUUCCCGUAUGCCCCGACCCCCGCCCAUCAACGCCGCGAUGCCGCCCGCACCAAGAUGAUGCAGCUUUUCGCUGGUGUGAUCAAGGCCCGUCGUGAGUCUGGCAAGCGCGCGGACGAUAUCUUGGACACGUUUAUGAACUCCGAGUACAAAGACACCCCCGGCGUAAACAUUCCCGACGAUCACAUCGUGGGGCUACUAAUUGCGCUUCUCUUCGCCGGCCAGCACACGAGCUCGCUUACGUUGACGUGGGCCGUGAUCGAGUUGACGCUGCUACAGCCUGGCAUGAUUGACAAGAUCUUGGAAGAGCAAAAGCAAGUCCUCGGCGACGCCGGUAACGACGGACUCACGUUUGACAACUUGAACAACAUGCCUGUGCUGCAUGCAUGCAUCAAGGAAACGCUUCGGUUGACGCCGCCAUUGAUUUUCCUCAUGCGCAAAGUGAUGAAGGACAUCACGUGCGGCGAGUACACGAUCCCGGCAGGCCACAUUGUGUUUUCGUCGCCGGCGGCGGCCAACCGCCUCUCCGACUUUUGGUCGAACCCCGACUCGUAUGACCCGAUGCGGUUCCUGGACGGCCGCAACGAAGAAGACCGUGCCCCGUACACGAACGUGAGCUUUGGCGGCGGCAUGCACGGGUGCAUGGGCCAGCAGUACGCGUACAUUCAAAUCAAGAUCAUCUUGAGCAUCUUUUUUCGCCAAUUCAACGUCGAAGUGCUCGACAAGAAGUUCCCUAAGCAAGAUUUCACGGCGCUGGUGGUGCCCCCCAUGGGCGACACCCUUGCGCGUGUCACGAGAAAGUAGGUAGUUUGUAUCGAGCCCAACACAAAUCGAUCGAUCAUGUCGG